CUGAUAAGUUGUAAGUAAGGCAUCUCUAAUCGCGCCGCAAAAUAAAAACAAAUUCGUAAAUUUAGCAAUAAAAACGCUUAAAAUGGACACCGUAAAAGAACUAGUACAGUUUAUGCAACCCAAUCAACGUCUGGACCUCAAGGCAGUGGCGCUGACACAUGUUUUAGGUUUAACUGGCAGCGCGGAGGGCAAAUCAGCCAUACUUUCGCUGGACGAAAUGCUAAUGGCCAUUUUCGGCCUUACCUACGACGAAAACCCCACUGUGGCCAAGGACGCAGUGCUGAGUUUGAUUAACUUGACCGCCGAGGAGGAGGGUGCCGUUCAGGUGUUCCGACUGGCCAAACAAGUGCAACCAACAUUUCCCAUCGUGGACGUGGCCGCCAAGGCUAUAGCAGACGAGCAGUCCGUUCUGGCGGAUCCCUGGAGCAUGGUUCUCAGCAAUCUAACGCGCGUCGAGUCGCUGGUUCACGAAAUUCUAGACAUCUUGGAGCGCGGUGAUCAGACACUGCCACGCCUGGCCAAGGCCUUUGCUCAGCUGGACUACAACAAGAAAAAGUGCAAGCUGCACUACCUGGCGCCCGUCUUCUGCAAUCUGAUGCAGGUGCCGCGGGGCAGGGAGCUGUGCUGCCACAACCGUUACAAGCUGCUGGAGAAGCUGCUGCCCUUUGCUUCCUUUGAGGGUAGCGUUGUCCGACGCGGUGGCACCAUUGGCAUUCUGAAAAACGUCUGCUUCGAUGCGGUCUAUCACGAUGUUAUUCUCAACGAACAGGACAGCAUCCUGGUGGCCAUACUGCAGCCACUGUGCGGGCCUGAGGAGUUUAGCGACGAGGACAACGACAAGCUGCCCAUUGAACUGCAGUAUCUGCCGGAGAGCAAGACCCGCGAAGAGGACCCCGACCUACGAAAAAUGCUUCUGGAGUGCCUGCUGCAACUAUGCUCCACUCGUCGCAGCCGGGAGAUCCUGAGGGCCAAGGGCACCUACGAGAUUCUGCGGGAGUUCCACAAGUGGGAGGCCAAGGUGGGCAGGGACAGCGACUGCCUGCUGGCCUGCGAGAAUGUGGUGGACAUCCUGAUCAAGAAAGAGGAAGAGAUAGGCCUGGACAACUACAAAACCGUUGAAGUGCCGGCAGAUCAGGCCGAGAAAUUCGUGCAGGAGGAUGCCGAAUAUGUAAAGACUUUGCUGGAUUAAAGGACUCUUCCCCAUUCUUGUUUGUAAAUACGCCUAAUUUUAGUGAAACUCGUAGAACUUUCAAUAUAUGUAUGCAGUUUUUUAUUCAGAAAUGAUGAUAGUUUCAGUUGCCCAAAAGUGUUGCUCUAGAAAAGGUCAUAUGCACGCAUUUAAAUGCAAGAGAAACAAUUUCGAUUUUCAAUUAAAUUUGAUUAGUUCAAGUAGCGUCGUUAUCUAGUUUAUCUAAUUACCGUUAAUCCACCACAAUUGUAUAUAUAUAAAGUUCUCCUUAAGUGCUAGAUACAUUUGCCUUCAAAAAUGCUUAGCAACUGGCUUGCCAUGAAACGUUUAA